GCCCAGAAUGGUGCUGGAAGGAAACCCUGAAGUGGGGUCCCCCCGAACCUCAGACCUUCAGCACCGGGGGAACAAGGGCUCUUGCGUUCUCUCCUCUCCCGGUGAAGAUGCACAGCCAGGCGAGGAUCCCAUCAAGUAUGGUGAACUCAUCGUCCUGGGAUGCUGUGAGGAAGGAGGUGAGGAAACCGAGGCUCAGAGAGGGGAAGUGACUGGCCCAAGGGCACACAGCUGCUACAAUGGGUGUCUGGCAAGUGGGGACAAGGGCCGCCGGCGAAGCCGCCUGGCACUGAGCCGCCGUCCGCAUGCCAACGGAGUGAAGCCAGAUGUCAUGCACCACAUCUCCACGCCGCUCGUCUCCAAGGCACUGAGUAACCGUGGUCAGCACAGCAUCUCGUACACGCUGUCCCGGAGCCACUCGGUCAUAGUGGAGUAUACACAUGAUAGCGACACAGACAUGUUCCAGAUCGGCCGCUCCACAGAGAACAUGAUUGACUUCGUGGUAACAGACACGUCCCCUGGAGGAGGGGCUGCCGAGGGCCCUUCCGCCCAGAGCACCAUCUCCCGCUACGCCUGCCGCAUCCUCUGUGACCGCCGGCCGCCCUAUACUGCCCGCAUCUAUGCAGCUGGCUUCGACGCCUCUAGCAACAUCUUCCUUGGAGAGCGGGCGGCCAAAUGGCGGACCCCAGAUGGCCUGAUGGAUGGACUGACCACCAAUGGUGUUCUGGUGAUGCACCCGGCGGGCGGCUUCUCCGAGGACUCAGCCCCAGGUGUCUGGCGGGAGAUCUCGGUCUGUGGGAAUGUGUACACAUUGCGGGACAGCCGCUCAGCCCAGCAGCGGGGCAAGCUGGUGGAAAACGAGUCCAACGUGCUGCAGGACGGCUCUCUCAUCGACCUGUGUGGGGCCACACUGCUGUGGCGCACACCGGCGGGGCUGCUGCGGGCUCCCACACUGAAGCAACUGGAGGCCCAGCGGCAGGAGGCAAAUGCAGCGCGGCCCCAGUGCCCCGUGGGCCUCAGCACUCUGGCCUUCCCCAGCCCAGCCCGUGGCCGCACAGCACCCGACAAACAGCAGCCAUGGGUCUACGUCCGCUGCGGGCACGUCCACGGCUACCACGGCUGGGGCUGCCGGCGGGAGCGGGGCCCCCAGGAGCGCGAAUGUCCUCUCUGCCGCCUCGUGGGGCCUUAUGUGCCUCUAUGGCUUGGCCAGGAGGCCGGCCUCUGCCUGGACCCUGGGCCGCCUAGCCAUGCCUUUGCACCUUGUGGCCACGUCUGCUCUGAGAAGACUGCCCGCUACUGGGCCCAGACACCACUGCCCCACGGCACCCACGCUUUCCAUGCCGCCUGCCCCUUUUGCGGGGCCUGGCUUACCGGCGAGCAUGGCUGCGUCCGCCUCAUUUUCCAGGGCCCGCUGGAUUAGGCUCCCUGGGGCCCCCUGCUGCUGUGCCCACCUGCCCACCCAGGUCCCCACCUCCUGCAGCCCAGAGGGAGCUCUGCAUGUGGGACACUCCCUGCUGGCACAGCCACACCAGAUGGACAUGUUGGAUGGGCUGUGCCCUUCCCCCCAACUGUGGCCCCCCAAGGAGGUCCCCAAGAUCUCCACCCUAGUCAUGCUGAUGGGGCCUUCAGAACCAGUUCUGUGCUGGGUCGAUGGAGGAAAGCCCAGCCCCAUGGCCUUGCCCUUCCUGGGGCAUCCCACAUCGUGCCGCUGACACUGUGUGCCCCUGGGGGAGUGAAGGGGCCAGGGGCCCCUGACCCCUAGCUUAGGCUGGCUAUGCCCUGAGCCUGCCAACCCAGUUUCAGACACUCAUCCUUCCUGCUGCCACCCUGGGUUCCUCUAUAAACCUUGCUGCUCAGCUGCCCCCACAAGUCCCAUGUGCCCCGCAUGCGUGUAAUGCCUCCAGCCCCCAAGUGAGUGGUGGGUGGGUGGCAGGCUGGGCCCAGCAUUUGCUGACAGCCACUAUGGGCUGGACUCUGUGCUAAGUGGUCUCUGGGGACACAGAGGCAAUCAGACCUGGUUCCCCGCCUGGCGGAGUUCACAGUCUAGCGGAGGACAGACUGUUACCAAAUGGCAACACGCUUCAUGUGUGCUAGGAUCAGAGUACGAAUCGGGCUGUAGCAGGCCUCACUGGUAACGGAAAGGUGAGGGAGGGUUCACGGAGGAGUUGUCAUAGGAGCUCAGCCUCGAUGGCUGCUCGGAACCCUUGGGGUCCACAAGAUGGGAAGCGUGCUCUAUGCAGAAGGGAGGGCCUGUGCGUAGGCUCAGGUGUCAGUAAGCCAGGAAUCCAGGGACGUUGUCAGGGUGGCUGGAGCAUGGACUGCUGGGGGACAGAGAAGGGGGUGGAGCAAAAGGUUGGGACCAUGUGACCAGGGAAGAUGCUGGAUGGAGGAUUCUGAACCUCAUUUGUGGAUGGUCAGGAGUCAACAAAGGGAGGAGAGAGGACUCACUGGUCAAGAGUGUGUCGGCUGUGACACAAGGGCCAUCAUCCCUGAAUGCCCACCACGUGCCCUGCACUGUGCUGAUGAUGAUAAUAAUAACUACGUCCAUUGAGCACUCUCCAGA